AAUAAUUAUUCAUGUCAUAAUCCUAAAUCCAAAAAUUUCUGCGUCCAUUCGUCUCUGGAUUUCUCGUCUGGAAUGGUAAUGGCGAAUUCGGUAUCCUGCGCGCCUAUUUUCUCGUUUCGCGCCGCCUAUCCAGUACGGAGACUGCGCUUCGAAGGAUACUCGGCCAGUUGUUUCGUAAAGUGCAAGACAUCCUUAAGAUGUAAAUUUGGCGCUCAGGAGUUCCUUUUGCGAACAAGAGCUGCUUCUUCCGAAUCUUCUUCUUCUUCGUCCUCGGAGGUCCACAGAUCGGAGCCAAUGGUUCCCCCAUAUAACGUUUUGAUUACUGGUUCUACGAAAGGUAUUGGUUAUGCACUUGCAAAGGAGUUUCUGAAGGCUGGAGAUAAUGUCAUUAUAUGCUCCCGUUCGGAAGAACGAGUGAACUCGGCACUUGAAAAUUUGAAAAAGGAGUCGGGGAAGCAGCAUGUGUGGGGUACUAAAUGUGAUGUGAGAGAAGGGGAAGAUGUUAAGAAAUUAGUCGCGUUUGCGCAGGAAAAUCUUAAAUACGUAGAUAUAUGGAUAAACAAUGCAGGAUCUAAUGCCUAUAGUUACAGACCAUUAAUGGAUGCAUCCGACGAAGAUUUAAUCGAAGUUGUCUCUACGAACACGAUUGGUUUGAUGAUAUGCUGUCGAGAGGCCAUAAAGAUGAUGCAGUCGCAACCUCGAGGCGGACAUAUUUUCAACAUCGAUGGUGCUGGCUCGGAUGGAAGACCUACCCCAAGGUUCGCUGCUUAUGGAGCAACCAAACGUAGCGUCGUGCAUCUAACCAAGUCAUUGCAGGCAGAAUUGAAGAUGCAGGAUGUCAACAAUGUCGUCGUGCACAAUCUUUCGCCGGGAAUGGUCACAACGGAUCUUCUCAUGUCCGGCGCAAGCACAAAACAGGCGAAGUUUUUCAUUAAUGUUCUGGCCGAGCCAGCUGAUGUGGUGGCUGAGUAUCUCGUCCCACAGAUAAGGUCGAUUCCGACGAACGGAUCGACGAGGCCGACGUACAUUCGAUUCCUUACAGGACUGAAAGCUUAUUCUAAGAUAUUCUCAAGAAUUGCUUUUGGCGCCCGGAGAAACAGGCAUGUUCUUGAAGAGUAGUAUCUGUAUAUAUGUAUAUGUAUUGGCGUUGAGACUUACUCUUACUUUUGCUACAUUGAAAACUCAGCACUCAAAGGGUGUGUUUGGUUGCCAUCUAAUUACUUUUUCCAAAAUUUAAAAACUAGUCUAAA